CCAGACUAGGCGUAGGUUAAGCGGAUGUAUUCAUACCUGUGUUAUAGUAGCUGUAUAUUGUGCAAUACUUCAUUCUUGUUCGCUGAUCUAUAUCAUCGGCAUCCACUGUCAUUAAUGUUACACACACGAACACACUGCUCACAUGAAGGAUGGAGCCAAUUCUAUUCUUGAUGACUGCAACUUUUGGACUGCUCACAGCCUGGAUUAUCAAACAAUUGCUGAUAGGGCGUCCAAAGAAUCUACCACCCGGUCCUUCAUGGAUUCAGAUUGUUAGUAUAGCGUGGACAGCAUGCAGGGCUGGAUUGAACCCUCUGACUGUCUUAUCAUCAUGGGCUAAGAAGUACGGUGAGAUCGUAUCCUUCUACGUUGGCACGAAGCCUUUCGUCAUCCUCAACUCUUAUCCAAUCAUCGUAGAGGCCUUCCGACAUCCUGAUCUUCAAGAUCGACCUCAAAGUAGAAUGCGGGAAGAGGUUGUCGGGCCAGACUGCAAAGGUGUGGUUUUAGCUAGCGGUCUGGUUUGGAAGGAGCAGCGGAAGUUCAUCCAUUCUGUUUUCAGGAGUCUUGGUGUUGGAAAGAAGAGCUACGAAGAUACUGUUCUAGCCGAGAUGACCCAGCUCUGUACGAGCAUUGAAGAGAAGAGGGGUUCUCCUAUUGAUCCUAGUAUUUUCUUUAUGCAAGCGAUUUCAAACAUCAUUUGCUCUGUGGUCCUUGGAACUCAGUACAAGUACGACGACGCCGACUUCCAGCAGAUAUUAAAAAUUCUGAACGAUAAUAUGAGGCAGUCGGGAGCCGGUGGAACACUCUUCUUUUUCCCUCUUCCUGGAAUUUCAAAGAUUCCAUUCGGAAAGGUAAAAACCAUGGUGGAUAACUUCAAGACAUUCCAAGAAUUUAUUGCGUCACAGAUUGAAUCUCACGAAGUGAACUUUGACCCAGACAAUCCAAGGGAUUUCGUUGACCAAUAUCUUAUUAAGAUGUCAGAAAUUGAGGACUCCAAUUCGCCGUUCACCAAGAUGAACUUGAAUAGCUGUAUCGCAGACCUUUUCAUAGCUGGCUCCGAAACCACGGCCACGACCCUGACAUGGUGUAUUCUCUUCAUGAUGGCCUACCCGGAGGUUCAAUCACGUGUUCAAGAAGAACUCGAUCACGUGGUCGGCAGAGAACGUCUUCCAAGACUGAAUGACCAGGGGAACCUUCCUUACACCUGUGCUGUACUAAUGGAGGUACAGCGGAAAGGCGUCAUCGCUCCACUAGGUGUACCUCAUCAGGCUGCUGCUGACACCACGAUAGGAGGCUAUACCAUACCGAAGGGCGCCACCAUUGUGUCUAACAUCUUCGAAGUUCUGAACAACGAGGACCUGUGGAAAAACCCAGACGCCUUUGAACCUGAGAGGUUCCUCAUUCAAAAAGGAGAGGUCGUAAAGAGAGACGAAUUGAUAUUUUUCAGCACGGGUCGCCGUGUGUGUCUUGGAGAACAGCUUGCCCGGAUGGAGACAUUCUUGGGGUUUACAAGUCUCCUUCAACGAUUCACAUUCAAGAAACCUGACAGCUCACUUACCCUUUCUUUUGAUGGUGUCUUAGGCGUGACUCGAAACCCCCAACCUUAUCUGACAAGUGCAAUUCCAAGAUACUGACAUUUCAUUAGGUUACCAGUUUUCUAUUUCGAUGAUGACAAGUAGGCUAUAAUGAUGGUAGACGUUCUCUCUGAAGGCUACACAUGCAAUUACCAUUUUAAAAAUAUUCGUCAAACCUUGAUAGAGUCCUUUUAAAUAGUCAUUGAAAUGCUUAGUCACAAAGGCCCUUUGGGCUUUGAUAAUAAUAAAUCAUGUGACUCACAAAGCACCAAACCCAUUUUGAAGAGUGCACAAAUAAUAAGUAAAUAGCGGAGUCUUAAGAACGUUUUGAAUGACUCAUCAGAGAUACAAUUUUUUAUGUCUGCAAGAAGUUUUAUCCACAGUGAAGGGUCGAGAGAGAAGGGUCUGUCCCCCUAAAUAUUGUAAAACUUUUGGAACCUAAGGUUCAAGGCGUAUCCAUAUGAUUCAGCUACGUGUAAAUAUUGCAAACAGAUCCAGAUCAUUAAAAAACUGGAUAGAUCAACAACAUGCUCGUUUGAGCCCUACCAGAAACACUUAAAAAGUGCUCCAAAAGGUCAAGCGCGCACAAAGUUCAACAUAUUUUUUUCUCUUACCUGGGUGUGCGUGUUGUUUUUUCGUGUUGAUAUGGCACCAUAUAUACUGUAAAAGGUAAAGUCCACUCCACCCCCAAAAAAAGACAUGUUGAUUUGAAUCAAUAGUGAAAAAUCAAACAUGAAUAAUGCUUAUAGUUUUCUUCAAAAUUGGAUGAAUAAUAAGAAAGUUAUGACAUUUCAGAGUUUCGCUUAUUUUUCACAAAACAGUUGUAUGCAUAAUUCAGUGAUAUGCAAAUGAGAGUCGAUGAUCUCCCACACUCACUAUUUCUUUUGUUCUUUAUUGUUUGCAUUAUACAAUAUUUCAAUUUUUGCUUAUUUGACAGUGAGGACCAACUUGACUGAACCACAAAAUGUUAAAACAAUGAUUGCAACUCUACAUGUUCAGGGAGAAAGAAGACUGUUUCACAGGAGAAUGCGGAGAAAAUUAGAAUAUUUCAUAUUUCACAUAAUAAAAUACAAAAAAAAAUAGUGAGUGAGUGAUGUGAUCGGUCCCCUUAUUGCAUACUGGCCAGGAUGUGCAUAUAACUGUUUUGUGAAAUAAAGCGAGACUUUAGAAUGUCAUAACUUUCUUAUUUUUCAUCCGAUUUGAUAAAAUUUUCAGUGUUGUGCAUGUUGGAUAUUUUUAUUUUUAUUCAAGUCAACUUUUUGUUGGCGUGGACUUGUCCUUGAAUUGUGUGAUGGUGUACUUUUCCUUUUCCUGUAGCAUACAACGAACCUUAUCAAGUCUUUUAUAUCGAUGAUCAAGAUGUCUGCGAGCUCUAUACAUUUUUUAUGGUAAGGUGAACGGUUUGUCAUUGAACGAAAAUAACCAUAUUAAUAAUUAUUAUAAUAAUAAAUAAUAGGGACAUUAGAUCCUACAUCAAUUAAUAUUCCCGAAAUCUAAUGAAUGCAUCCACCUUCAAACUUUACCAAAAUUAAAAGUAAUAAUUCGUGUGUUUUUUUACAUCAGUAUAUUUCAAUUUGCUAACAUGUUUUAAUUUUCUACAGAAUAUAAGAAUUUAUUUUUAGAUUAUUC